UCCUCCACCCGUCUACCACUACGCCUACGCCUACGCGCCGUACCACCUUCUCCUCCUCUCCUCCCCGAUCUCGCCAGCCAGCCAGCCAGCGAGCGCCGAAAAAGAAAAAAGAAAAAAAGAGUUCGCACACCACACACCCCGCCGUCUCCUCCAUCUCAUCCUCCUGCUGCUCCUCGCCGUCGGCGGCUUCAGCCCCUAGGUGGACCGCCGCCGGAUCUGACCGCGGAAGCUCCCCGCUUCCGCCGUCGCCGCCGCCGCCGCCAGAUCCGCGGAAGCGCGCCGCGGAUCCGCCGUUCCGCAACCCGCGCCGCGAGGGCCGAGCCUUUCAGCUCGGCAUUGGCUUGGUCCGAUCCGGAGGCCUCCUUUUUGCAGGCUGAAGAAAUCUGUGGUCUUCGAGGUGUCCAUGGUGCAGAAUCGUCAAGUAUGAGAUGUGUGCGGCACAUGGUGUGCUGAAGUCCGGUGUGAACUUGCCCUCCUGGUAACUUGGUUGCUUACUGGGGUGAUGCAUGGGCUGGGACACGGCAGUUAUAUAUGAGUACCGUUGACCCCUUGCUCCUGUCAUCAUCCGGAAGUGCAGACUCGCCUUCAAAGUAUACUGCUUCUGCCCGGCCAUCGGUGGGCUCAUUGAACUGCCUCUGCCGUGCUGAUUCAUGCUCUUCCUCAGUGUAUGAGGAUUGCGACACUGCUUCUGUUAAUUUUGCGGAUGAAGGGGAUGCCAUACCAAGGCAUUGUCCGGAGGAGUCUGAUGUGAGCAGGGUGGCAGAGCGAUUCCAGUCUGCUGAUUCGCAUUUCUUCCAUCGUCUCUCGGUGGAAUGCUCUCAGAAGGAGAGGCAGCGGAAGAUUUCUUGGGGUGGUGUAAUGGAGAUGCAGCGGUCUCCAUCAUCCCUAGAGGUCGGAGUAGUAUCUUCCUCCCAGGAGAAACCAAAUCGACCCCCGAGGGGCAGGAACAAGAGCUCGCAUUUUGAAGACCUGUUUUCAUCUGAGCAAGAGCAUGACCCAAGGCUAAUUUACAUCAAUGAUCCUGACAGAACAAACGACCGAUAUGAAUUUACAGGAAAUGAGAUUCGAACAAGCAAGUAUACUUUGAUUACUUUCCUGCCUAAGAACCUCUUCAUCCAGUUCCAUCGGCUGGCUUAUGUAUACUUCCUAGUUAUUGCUGCUCUUAACCAGCUACCUCCUUUAGCUGUGUUUGGAAGGACCGCUUCAUUGUUCCCGCUACUUUUUGUGUUGUUUGUGACUGCUAUAAAAGAUGGUUAUGAAGACUGGCGUCGUCACAGAUCUGACAGGAAUGAAAAUAACCGAGAGGCACUUGUUCUUCAACAUGGUGAUUUUCGGUCGAAAAAAUGGAAACACAUUUGUGUGGGGGAGGUUGUCAAAAUUCAUUCCAAUGAAACAAUGCCAUGUGAUAUGGUCCUGCUGGGUACAAGUGAUCCAAAUGGUAUAGCUUACAUCCAAACAAUGAAUUUGGAUGGCGAGUCAAACCUGAAAACAAGGUAUGCUCGCCAGGAAACUGUUACCAUGAUAAGCCACAGCUCAUAUUUGGGGUUGAUCAAAUGCGAGCAGCCUAACAGAAAUAUCUAUGAGUUUACAGCUACCAUGGAGCUGAAUAAUCAGAGGAUUCCGCUUGGCCAAUCUAACAUUGUAUUGCGUGGGUGCCAGCUCAAGAACACAGAAUGGAUUAUUGGGGUCGUCGUCUAUGCUGGCCAGGAGACAAAAGCUAUGUUAAACAGUACAAUAUCCCGUUCAAAGAGCAGCAAUCUAGAGAGUUACAUGAACAGGGAAACCCUUUGGUUAUCAGCUUUCCUCUUGAUCACAUGCUCAGUUGUUGCUACAGGGAUGGGUGUAUGGUUAUUUAAAAAUACUAAAAACCUUGACGCACUACCAUACUACAGGAGAAAGUACUUCACCUUUGGCCGGGAAAACAGAAAGGAUUUUGAGUUCUAUGGUCUUGCAUUGGAGAUAUUUUUCUCCUUCUUGAGUUCUGUGAUUAUCUUUCAGAUAAUGAUACCAAUAUCAUUAUACAUCACCAUGGAGCUAGUUAGAGUGGGGCAGUCAUACUUCAUGAUUGGAGAUACUCGGAUGUAUGACAGUAGUUCAGGUUCAAGAUUUCAGUGCCGGUCAUUGAAUAUCAAUGAAGACCUAGGCCAAAUACGAUAUAUAUUUUCUGACAAAACAGGUACCUUGACUCAAAAUAAGAUGGAAUUUCAGCAAGCCAGCAUCUAUGGGAGGAAUUAUGGGAGCUCCUUGCAGGUCACUAGUGACUCAUCACAUGAAAUAACCAUUGCAGAGUCAUCGAGCCAACAUGACAGGAAGCCCAAGUCAGAAAUCAAUGUUGAUGCACUACUCUUGGCACUUCUGAAACAACCAUUGUUUGGGGAGGAAAGACUCGCAGCCCAUGAUUUUUUCCUUACUUUGGCUGCAUGCAAUACUGUCAUUCCAGUUAGCACAGGAGGUUCUCCUGAUUUGACCAAUGAAGUAAGUGAGGUUGGUGCAAUUGAUUACCAGGGGGAAUCACCUGAUGAGCAGGCCUUAGUAAUUGCAGCUUCUGCUUACGGAUACAAGCUUGUUGAAAGAACAACUGGCCACAUUGUUAUAGAUGUUCAGGGCGAGAGGAUAAGGUUGGAUGUUCUUGGUCUGCAUGAAUUUGAUAGUGUGAGAAAAAGAAUGUCUGUUGUUGUAAGAUUUCCAGACGACAGUGUGAAAGUUCUUGUCAAGGGUGCUGAUACUUCAAUGCUUAGUAUUUUGAGGACCAGGAACCAUGAUGGACUUUUCGAUUCUUUGCACGCCAAAACUAUAGAAACUACAGAAAAUCAUUUGUCAAGUUAUUCCUCAGAGGGUCUACGAACCUUAGUAAUUGGUUCGAAGUACCUCAGCAAUGAAGAAUUCAGUGAAUGGCAGGAAAGGUACGAAGAAGCUAGCACCUCCAUGACAGAGAGAUCGGCAAAGCUCCGUCAGGCGGCAGCCCUUGUAGAGUGCGAUUUGACUCUUCUGGGUGCAACUGGAAUUGAAGAUAAGUUGCAGGAUGGUGUGCCUGAGGCCAUUGAGUCCCUCCGUCAGGCUGGAAUCAAGGUCUGGGUUCUCACAGGGGAUAAGCAAGAAACUGCUAUAUCGAUUGGUUUAUCAUGUCGAUUAUUAACUCAAGGUAUGCAUUCGAUUAUCAUAAAUGGUUCCUCCGAGAUUGAAUGCAGGAGCCUUCUAGCUGACGCUAAAGCCAAAUUUGGAAUCAAGUCGGCUGACCUUGGAAAGCAAGAUGUGGAAGAUCUGCACAACGGCGAUGUUUCAAAAUUAAGGUCCUCUAAUGGUCAAGCAUCUGAAAGUGGAAUACAAAACUUCCAGUUGACUGGAGUUAUUGCUAAUGACAAGUCAGCAAACAUUGAGGAAUCACCAAAUUUUGAUGAUGCUGAGUUAGCACUGAUAAUUGAUGGGAACUCCCUUGUGUAUAUUCUAGAGAAAGAUCUUGAAUCAGAGUUAUUUGACUUGGCAACCUCCUGUAAAGUUGUCAUCUGCUGCCGUGUUGCUCCUCUGCAAAAGGCUGGAAUUGUCGAUCUGAUUAAAAGCAGGACGAGUGACAUGACCUUGGCAAUCGGUGAUGGGGCAAAUGAUGUUUCAAUGAUACAGAUGGCUGAUGUUGGUGUUGGUAUAUGUGGUCAAGAAGGUCGUCAAGCAGUGAUGGCUUCAGAUUUUGCUAUGGGGCAGUUCCGCUUUUUGAAGAGAUUGCUUCUUGUACAUGGGCACUGGAAUUAUCAGCGUAUGGCAUACAUGAUUCUCUACAACUUCUAUCGGAAUGCUGUCUUUGUGCUAAUGCUCUUCUGGUAUAUCUUGCACACUGCAUAUUCCGCAACUCUUGCGCUAACAGAUUGGAGUAGUGUUUUCUAUUCCCUUAUCUACACAUCAGUUCCCACAGUAGUGGUUGGUAUUCUAGACAAGGACUUGAGUCACAAUACUCUCCUUUAUUAUCCGAGACUAUAUGAGGCAGGGCUUCGAAAUGAGGGCUACAAUAUGACACUCUUCUGGAUCACAAUGCUAGAUACCUUGUGGCAAAGCCUUGUCCUUUUCUAUGUACCUUUCUUCACAUACAAUAUCAGUACAAUGGACAUAUGGAGUAUGGGAAGUUUAUGGACAAUUGCGGUGGUUAUACUGGUCAAUAUUCAUCUGGCCAUGGACAUUCAACGUUGGGUGCUUAUAACCCAUCUCGCCAUAUGGGGCUCUAUAGCUGCAACGUUUUUGUGCAUGGUGUUAAUAGAUUCUAUACCUAUAUUCCCUAAUUACGGGACACUAUACAAUAUGGCUGCUUCAAGAACUUACUGGCUUAGUGUUUGCCUUAUAAUAGUCUUGGGGUUGCUUCCUCGGUUUCUUUGCAAAGUAAUAUAUGAGACCUUCUGGCCAUCUGAUAUUCAAAUAGCAAGAGAAGCUGAGUUGUUAAAGAAGCUGCCUCAACAGUUGCGAUCAAGGCCUGAAAGUGAUAUCAGCUAACAAUGGGUCAUGCAGUUAGUUCGUCACCCAGUUUGGGAACUGUGUUGAUUCAUUUGUUGAGCUGAUCUUUUGUUAAAAAAAGAUUAUACAUGAGGACACAAGUUAGCAAGGACAAGAGAUUCUGGUUGUAGAAGAGGCUGAAAAAUGCACUGAAGCGGCAGUUGCGAAGAACUAACUGUAUGGCGAGGCAUCAAACAGCUUCAUCCUUGGGGGGUGUGGACUAGUGAUCAAUCAGAUGACAAAUGUACAGAUAAGGGGGGAAUGAUAUAUACUCUGUAAUUUAAGAUAGAGUUGUGUCUAGGAGGAAAUAAAGAGGUACAUAGAUACAGAUUCUUUUCGCACUUUGCCAAAUCUUUUGUAUUACCUGACGAUAUGUUAACCAUUUCCCUUUUCUUCCCCCUCGUUGAGGUUUUAGGUAGCUUAUAGUGGUGUGUCCGGUUGGAAUUUUACGCUUUAAAAGGGUACAGGAUAAAUUUUCCUAGUGAGAUCCAGAACUUCAGAAAUUUGAAUCCAACAUUGGAAAAGAUGUACAAGUCCUACAAAGGGUGGAAAUUUCAUUAUAUCUUUUUUUGUGGGGUUUCUUGCUGAAUUGCCCUGACAAA